AUGCUCUCGGCGUAUACCCAGAUGGACGAGGCCAAGGAGCUGUUCAAGCUGGCGAAGGAUCCGGCAGUGGACCUCUGGGUAACGAUGAUAGAGGGUACGUGGGGGUCGGGAUGGCGCAGAGGGUUUUCACGAUCUUCGAGCUUCGCUGGGCACGAGAGAGCGUGGGGAGCUAUUAUCGCAGCAUUUGCAGCGAGUGGGGAUCUUGCGACCGUUGCACAGGAUGAAGAACCCGAGUCUUCUCAAGCCCAAGCAGGCGGAAGAGCUACUCGACUCCAUGCCUUUCGAGCCGGACUACGACGUGUGGAAGACUUUUCUUGGGGUUUGCCAGAGGCCGGGGACAAGGAGCUCACUGGCCGAGAAAGCUCUGCGACGGCUGUGUCCUAUCGCAGUCAAAGUAUGAUAUGGUUUCCUCGGGCUAAAAGGAUCUCGACCAGGCACAGGAGGUGUUUCUUCUCGUCAGCUUUCGCUUCUCGGCAAUGGAAACAAGGGACGACAACUCUUCUGGACUGCAAGAAAGUCCACUGGGAACUUGUCAAGAACUCUCGAGAUACAGACACGGAGCAUGCGAAUGGACUGAUCCAGAUGUAUGGGGAUUGCGGUGCCUUCCCAGAUGCGUGGGCAGUCUUCCAUCAGAUCACCCAGAGGAACGUCGUCUCCUGGAACAUGAUGAUCAGAGCUGGUACCAAGAGCAGCCAUCUUCAAGAAGCCAACGAGCUCUUCCACCGAAUGCCCGCGACGAAUCUCGUCUCUUGGAACUUGGUAGCGGCAGCGUACAACCAACAAAACCAGCUCGAAGAGUCAAGAUCUCUCUUCGACCGGAUGCCCGAGCGAAACGUCAUGAGCGGGAACUCGAUGGUAGCCGCGUAUGCCCAAAACGGGCAUAUGGAAGAGGCGCGUAGGAUAUUGGAGAGAAUGCCCGAGCACAGUGUGGUCACCUGGACAGCACUGAUGGUCGGGCUUGCCAAGCAGUCCUCGGUUCCGGGAGCUCGUUCCUUGUUCUUGGAGAUGCCGGAACGUAACGCUGCUUCGUGGAAUGCAAUCAUCCAAGCUUAUGCUCGUGGAGGGUAUGUCGAAGAGGCGGAGAGAUUCUUCCAGAGAAUGCCGCAGCACAGCGUUCUCUCCUCCACGGAGCUGCUGACGGCCUACGCUCAAAGAGGCGACCCGGACUCGCUAGACGCUGCAAAAAGGGUGUUUGAGAGCACCCGGUACCCCGACUCCAUCUGCUGGAACGCGAUGCUCGGUGUCUACUCUCGUAGGGGGGACGUGGCCGCUGGAAAAUCGGUUUUUGAUCGCUGCCCGGAGAGAACCGUCGUUUCCUGGAACAACUUGAUCCAGGCACUCGGGGAUAACGGGAACUUCCAGGCCGCCAAGCUGGUGUUUGUCAAGAUGCCGGAGCGGGACGUGGUUUCCUGGACAGUGGUGCUCUCGCACAGCCAAGCUCUGGACGAGGCCAAGCAGCUCUUCGACUCCAUGCCGGAGCGCUCGGUGGUGCCGUGGACGGCGAUGGUGGUCGCGGCGGCCCGGGCCGGAGAGAUGGAAGACGCGGACGAGGUGUUUGCCAAGAGCCCCCAGCUGGACGAGAUCGCGUGGAGCGCGAUGGUCUCGGGGUGCUCGCUCAACGGGCAGGCAGUCCGAGCUGUGGAGCUGUUCAAGGCGAUGGAUCUCGAGGGGCUGAGGAUCGACGCGGUGGCGCUGGUGAGCGUGAUCGACGCGUGCUCCAUCGUCGCGUCCGUGGCGGCCGAGAGCGCUCACGCGAUCAUCCGCGAGCUCGAGCUCGAGGUGGAAUGCGAGGUGUCACAAAGUAACGGCUUUCUGGGAACCGAGAUGGAAGCCGAUGUGGUGGUGGCCGACAAGAGCGUGGCCGUCGGGAACGCGCUCAUCAAUCUCUACGGCAAGGCCGGGCAGCCGGGACGAUCCAAGGCGGUGUUUGAUCGCAUGGUGGCGACGAGGAACAGGCUCUCGUGGACGGGGCUCCUCUCGGCGCACGCUCACAGCGGCCUGGCGCUCGAGUGCCUGGAGCUCUCCCGCGACAUGAAGCUCGAGGGCGUGGCACCCGACGGCGUGGCGCUUAUGAGCGUGUUGAGCGCUUGCAGCCACGCCGGGAUGGGCGGCGCCGCGGCGGAGGAGCUGGACGUGGCGGCGCGCGAGUACGGGGUGGCGGUGGCGGCGGAGCACCUGGUGUGCGUGGCGGACGCGCUGGGGCGGGCGGGCGAGGUGGCGGAGGCGUGCGCGGUGCUGGAGAGGUUUGGGGCCGGGGUGGUGGCGUGGAUGAGCUUGCUGGCGGCGUGUGGGCGGGUCGGGGAGGAGGCGGUGGGGAGGCGGGCGGCGGAUAGAGUGGUGGAGAUGGAUCCCGAGAAUGCUGCCUCCGCAAUUGCUAUGUGCUUCUGGAACGAAGGAAGUCCCCGCCAGAGAUGUAAGGGAGAUGAAGAACUCCAGUGUUGGCAAUAA